AUGCAAACAAUCGAUCAAGGUGAACUAAAUGAGCACUCUUACCAAAGAGAACAAACAAAAUCAUCAACGUCUAAUCUUGUGAAAAAACCUUUGAACGUUUUCGCAAAUUUAUUUCGUCUUAAACCUGUAAUAACAACAAUGAAUCUAACACCAUUACGAUUUGAUUUUCUGAAGAUUGUCUAUAACACAAUCUGUAAAGAAAUGGCCACUACACCAAAUGCAAAGUCGAAUAUAUUAAAUAUUUCAAAAUUCUUUGAUAGAAUUGUAGAAGAUGCAAUAGCGAUAGUUCAUGGAAACGAUACAAUUCCUCGACCAGUUGACACUAAUCUUGAACAAAAAAUUGUAGGUUUGAUUAAUACACAUAUCAAUGAAAUUAACUUUGAAUUACUUGUGUUCCAAUUAUUAUUAUCAAGACAAAUUAUAGCAUUCAUUCAUAUCUCUAUUAUGAUAUUACUAACAAAUCUUUACUAUAAUGAACAGAGAAAUCAUUUUGAUCAACAAAUGUCAACAUUAAACGAAGAAAAAGAAUCAGUGUUAACUUACUUUAUUAGUAUGGUUGUACCCGAUGAACAGUGUGAUGAAAAAGGAGCACACAUUUUUGCAAAUAAAGUCAAAAAGGCUGUUCAAUCAAACUUAAUACGUGAUGCACAACAAAUCAUAGCACAUAUUAUUCAAACACAACAAAAAUUAAAUCGAAAACAGAUUCAAAUAAUUUGUGAUGAAAAAUUACAAGCCGUAGCAUAUGACAAUGAUUGGUUAUUUCGUUAUAUCGAUGCACCGACUGAUAUUAUCGUAGAAGAAUUUCAGAUGUUAUGGAAACAAGUUGAAAAAACAAUUAAUCAACAAUUGGAAAAUGAAAAAUAUCAAUGGAAAAAUAUUUUAAUCGAAUUUUUUAAUUGUAUUGAAUUUAUGAUAUCCUCACUUGCAAAUGAAGGUUCACCUAAACGAUUUGUUGAUGACAUAUUUCAAUCAUCAGAUGGAUGUGCAGCAGAAAAUUUGAGAAAUAAAGGUCAAUGUAUGGUUUUAUUAUUGUAUGAUUAUUUAUCGGGUAACAAAAUCGAAGCAGGAACAUUUUAUACAGUACUUAAUCUAAAUUACACAUUGAAUUCAAAGGUAUUAAGAUUAUUUAAAAAAUUACCAAGACCAAGUCAGCAACUAACCACUUUAAUAAAGGGAAUGAGAAAUGUUGAUGAUUCCAAUGAUAACAGAAUGGCAAUUACUUCGAUAAAAAUAUGGCAUGUUUUUCUUCAAAGUAUUAUGGAUGUUAAAGAAAUAAUUGUAGGUACUUACGAUAGAAGUUCAGCCACAUUUGCAGCAUAUGAUAAAGAUGAAAUUUAUAUAAAACUAUUAGACGAAAUACGUGGUUGCACUUCAAAAUGUCCGCAUUGCCAAAGACCUUGUGAUACUGAUCACAGUUUGGGUAAAUAUAGCGCCGGUAUGAUUGCUUUUGUCACAAUAUUGAAUAAAAUCGAGCUUUUCUUCAAUAUCAGAUAUCUGAACUAUAAUCAAACACAUAAAUUUUAAUGAACAAAACGAUAGUUUAGUCGAAAUUUAGAUUUAUUUUCUAUCUAUAUCGAGUGCAUGGCAUGUUCCGAUUUUUUGGAAAUGCAGAAAAAGUCGCCGCACGAUUUCUCAGUAACUAUCUCGUCCUUGAUGCAUUAUCAGGUUCCUAUCCUCCCAAAUGCACCUGCAUCCUUUAUCCAUGUAUACAUUUCCACUUCAUCCUAGAUUAGGUCGAGUCAGGUUAUGAGGAAAUUGUAAUUCUUAUUUUCAUAAUAUAUAUACACGUGUAUAUCUGCCUGCCUAUUUCGACUUCAUCAAAGGUUAGGUCAGGUCAGGUUAGGUUAUGUAGAGAUUCAAGUUCAUCUUUAUUUUUUUUGGUAAAUUGUGAAACGAUGGAGUUUACAACUUUCUUUUUCCCAUGUACUGGGGCUUGUCGAAACGUUGGAACGAACUGUAUUCUCAAAAGACAAAUAUCCGUAGGAAUCCAGCGAGAAGCACCAUUAAAAUUUUGUCUUGUAGCUUACUCUCACGCGACCCACUCUCAUGCUCACUCUUAUGCUAGAUAUAUAUGUGCAUGCCAGUACAGAAACACUGUUCUAUACCACUCUAAACAGUGCCGCGGUAAAUCAGUCCGUCAAGCCACACUUUGUUACAAACAACAUACACAUAAAACUGGAUUUCUGUCACGUGACUCUUAUUUUGCCAAAAAGUUAUGAUGAAUUCUUACUACAUAAAUUUUGGUACGAUAUAUAGUAUAUAUACUAUAGUUCUUAUGACAAACUUAGAAUUUUUUUCUCUCUCCAUCAGUUGAGCACAAAUAAAGUGCAUGGUUGUAAGAAACGUGGUUAGACACAUUUCUAAGGACGUCAGAGUCCUUCAUGUGCUCCAAAAUAUUAUAAAAAGAAAAAAACUUUUUUUCGAAGUGGGUCUAAAGGGGAUCUGCAGUACAGAACCAGAGACAUAAUCUUGUAAGAUCUGAUGAAUUCUUAUAUGAUAUUAUGAAUCUUUCAAGAUCUUGUCAGUUCUUGUACAAUCCUAAACGAUCUUACAGAAUCAUGUUGCAAGAAAACAACAUCUUGUGAAAUCUUGUAAGGUCUUAAAAAAUCUUAUGGUAUCUUAUAGCAUGAU